CAAAGUAGCUGUCGGCACGACGAGUCACCAGUCGCCACUCACUCCACAUUCCCCGUUCCGUUGCCGUUACACCGAAACCCCCUCCAGUCCAGACCUGCUUGUGUUUUGCUUGCCUUCGUCCUCGGCUCGCCGCCGCCGCCGCCUCUAUCACGCCCUGACAUUGCUGCACCAGCAGCUACGCUCUCUCUAUCUCUCCUGGGCAGCAAUGGAGAGGCAGAGGACUAGCCCCUCCUCCAACCACCUCCAGAGCCCCAAGAGCCUCAUCCUCCUCUCCUUCGCCUCCUCCUCCCUCCUAUUCUCCUUCCUCUUCUCCCUCUUCGCCCUCCGCUUCGGCCGCCCCCUGCAUCUCCCCUUCGCCUUCUCAAUCGGAGGAAAUGGCUCCGCCAUUGCAGGGCUGCCGGUUCUCAGAGGUGGGGGUGCGGGGGUGGAAGUGGAAGAAGGGGCGUUUCUUGGGGGCGGGAGCGGCGGCGGGGGUUUGGGGGAUGAUUCGGCUGUCGAGGGAGACCGCCGCGGCCGUGCUGGUGAACUGCCAGUUGACUCGGCGGUGGAGGUGGAAGAGGCGGUCCUUGGAGGUGGGUAUGGUGAGAACCCCGCAGAUGGUGCGUUACUGGAGGGGACGGAUGUUACGGGAGCUGGAAACUAUUCUCUGACAGGUUUGGAUUCGCCAAUGGAGGUGAAAGGAGUUGUUCCCGUAGGUGGAGACGGUGAGAAGCUGGCGAAAGGUCCUGUUGUGGAGAAACCCAUCUCCGUCGAAGGCGAGAACCUGAGCAAAGAUGAUGCCGGGUCGGCAAUGAGAGCGAGGUCAAGUCUAGGCAAUGAUUCUGCUUCCCAGGGAGCAGCUGCUUCAUUGGGGAAUUUGGAGAGGCCAAAGUCCGCAGAAGCUGUCAAUUUCUCCUCCAUGGAUGCUUCAGGUCCUUCGAGAACCAAAGGCGAAUUCUUGCACCCUGGCCGCGUGGGAGGAAAUGGCGAUUCCUCUGUACAAGGGGCCGAUGCUUCGCAACAAGCCAGGCAAUGGACAAUCUCGAAUCAUUCAACCACAAAGAACAACUCAAAAGAAGCUCCAAUAAUAAAUCGAAAAAAGCAAGAUACUAAUCUGACCCAGGAAGCUAUUCCGAGCAAAAUGGAUUUGGCGAGAAGCAAAACAGCACAAUGCGAUGUUUAUGAUGGGAGGUGGGUGUUUGAUGACAGCUAUCCACUUUACACAAGCAACUCUUGCCCAUUCGUAGAUGAAGGCUUCAGCUGUGAGGCAAAUGGAAGAAUGGAUAAAAGCUACAGAAAGUGGAGGUGGCAGCCAACGCAUUGCAGUAUCCCUAGGUUUGAUGCUCGGAAAAUGCUUGAGAUGCUGAGAGGAAAGCGGCUAGUGUUUGUAGGGGACUCCCUUAACAGGAACCAGUGGGAGUCCAUGAUGUGCUUGUUGAGAGAGGCAGUCUCCGAUCCUGCAAGAAUUCAUGAAGCUCGCGGCCGCAGGAUUACUAAGGACAGAGGGGAUUACAAUUUCAAGUUCCUGGACUAUAACUGCAGUGUGGAGUACCAUGUGACACAUUUCUUGGUGCAUGAAGGCAAGUCAAGAAUUGGUCAAAAGCGUACGAGGACACUACGGAUUGAUACCAUUGAUCGGAGCUCGUCAAGAUGGAGAGGGGCUAAUGUGCUUGUGUUUAACACUGCUCAUUGGUGGUCUCAUCACAAAACAAAAGCUGGAGUGAAUUAUUAUCAAGAAGGGGAUACUGUCCAUCCCCACCUCGAUGUCUCCACAGCUUUCCAUCGAGCACUAACCACAUGGGCAUCAUGGGUCGACCGUUACAUCAAUCCACGGAAAACUCAAGUGUUCUUCCGAAGCUCAUCCCCAUCGCAUUUCAGCGGCGGGGAGUGGAAUUCAGGGGGGCACUGCAAAGAGAGCACAACACCCCUUAAUGACACUCGUGCAAGGCCCGUGCCCGAGAGAAAUGCGAUCUUUGAACAGGUGACGAAGCAAAUGAGGACUCCUGUAACAAUUAUGAACAUUACCAAUCUAUCUGGGCUCAGGAUAGAUGGACACCCAUCUAUUUAUGGGAGAAAGGCAGGAGAUUUGACAACAUCUAGCUCCCAGGACUGCAGCCACUGGUGUCUUCCUGGAGUGCCAGAUACAUGGAAUGAGUUAUUAUUCUACCAUUUAGUAUCCUCGCAAGAAAUCGGUGUUAGAAGUUAGUGGCAAAUCUAUUUGUUCCUUCCUCUUUUUUUGUUAGGACGGGGCAUUAUAUUUUCGUCUGUACACGUGAUUUAAUUAUGGGUGCAACUCUCUUCUCUUUGCAUCUCUUCCCAGCUGAUAAUGUGCCAAGCAAUUAUCAUAUGGAUGCUACUUAGUACUUUUUUUGUAUAGAAAGAAGCCUUAUAUUUUUCUGUAAAUAAAAAUUGAUACUUACUCUUCAUUCUCA